AUGCCGGCCAUCGAAGCGGUGGCAGACCUCGGCGCUCUCAAUAAGUGGGCCUGCGAAUACCAUAUCGCCUCAGAGGCCCUGGAACCCAGGCGGAAAGCACGCGGAGCAUCCAAGCCCUUAGCAGACUUGGCUGUGACCCCGCAGCUGUCCCGCGGAAGCACCGUGGAAGGAGUUGGCUCCCGCAGUGGCUCGCUCGAAGCGCCCUUGAGGGACGAGGAGCGGUGGUCCGCCGCCACCACGCCGAAAGGAGACCUGAUGUGUCGGAUUCCAAGCAGGGGAUCCCAGGCGCGUUCCUCCAGAAGCACCAAGGAGCCCGUUCCUCAUAGCCCGAGCAGCUCGGCGCUGGCCCUGCCCACUGCGAGCGAGGAGCCCGCUCCAGCCGGCCGCUUGAACCUCUCCGAUUGUGAAGACCGGACCGAGGAGCCCGGCGCUUGGGCCCUUGCCAUCCGGGUGGACGAGGAGACCCCUUCGAAGGAGACUCCGUCUGCUCUGGCGCUGGCGACCAGAUCGGAAGACCUGGCACUCGUGCCGGUGGCACGGCCGUCACCCAAAACACGGCGGAUGAAGACAGAGUUGCUCGCUACGCACCCGUGGCUGCAGCAGCUCCAGCAGAGGUCCCUGCAUGGGUCUGUGCCCAGCUCUCCAAGCGGCACCCGUUCGUUCGGAGGGAAGCAGGCAUCAUCGACCUCAAGCCUGCCUCCCUUGGACAACCUGCAGAUUCAGCUCCACGAUGGUCAGAAGAUGGAGUUGGUGGCCUAUGCCUCCCCACGAGCAGCUUCUCGUGGAUCAGCUGCUGUAGAGGAGCCGAAGGCCGUCACGAGGCCACUGCGGGAAACCUGGAGCAGCAAAGACGAGAUGGCGCUGAAAGAAGUCGCCGCCGGGACCGAACGACAAGAGGAGGGUCUCCUGCCCCAGAGCAUCCGCUCCAUGGACUACUGGCGUGCCACGGAGCUUUUCCACCUCUUCGAUCGGCGCACAGGCGAGCUGGACAAGCUCGGGUUCUACCACUUGCUGACGGCUGCCUCACGUGACAGGGAGAGCAUUGCAAGGAGACGGAGCGAUCGGAUUUUUGAUGAGAUCGACAUCGACAGCUCCGGAAAGAUCGACAGGGAGGAGUUCUUGGGAUGGGUCUUCCAGACCAACAACAGCUUUCUCAGCUCAGUGAGGAGGCGAUUGGAGACCAUGGACCAGGUGAAGGUGAAGGCUUUGUUCGAGCAGAUGGACCACGACGGCAACAAGGUCGUCGACAAAUUUGAGUUUUGGGAUUUCGUUGAGAAGUUUAGUCCUGGGAUGCUGUCUCGGUCAGCGAGCGAUGAGCUUCACGAAUUUAUCGAUGCGGACAAGUCAGGAGGUAUCGAUGUGGACGAAUUCCUGAAUUGGGUGCAUCCUGGACGGGAGCUCAAGAUGCUCCGGGCAGAGGCGCGUCACGACAAGGGGAUCACGGAAAAGGUGGCGACGAACAUGGUGGCGGUGGACGAGAACUCCUACGUGGCUCCCAAGAAGCCGCUCAUGGAGACGGAGCCUGGCAAGCCCGUGGUCCUGGAAUUCUGGAUUGGCAGCGAAUGGACUCCGGCCUUCGAGUCGAUGAAGCGGAGCCUCCGCAACGUCUUCAGCCCGCAACAGAUCAGGUUUCAGAGUCGGCGAGAUCCCCAUGUUGUCCACACCUGCUCAAAGCUCAUCGCCAAGGUCGGUCGUGGCAUCAUCCUCUGGGACAGAGACUCGAUGCUGAUGUUCAAGGACGAUCCGUUCAUGAACCAGGCAACUGCCGGCAAGUGGCUCAAGGAGGUGCUUCUCCAAUGUCUUCCGGAUGUUAUAAACGCUGCCAAUGUCAGGCUGCUGAAGCGGAAGAAGUUGCACGUUUGUUUUGAAUGCGGAAAAGCUUUGGAAGGCUCGCGAUACAUGAAUGUCUUGGAGUACAAGGUGUGCAGCAAGCACUGCGCGGGACUGCUGAAGGCACGUGCGGUGAUUGAGGACUGA